AAAAGAAUUCUCUAAAAUGUUCCCUGGUGCUAAUACUGUUCUUAAUAAUAUGAAAAGAUUUUGCCAGGAAGUGGAAUAAAACCGUCAAUUGGAUUAAAAAAAAGAAAAUAGGCACGUGAUGGUUUUUUUUAGAGCACACGGGGGGAAAAUGACCUUUAUGACAGUUUUGUCGUUUUCAAAAAAAUGCCUUGUUCUCUGAAAUUCCCCAACGAGGCAAGGUUAUUAUAAAUGGUAGGUAGGGAAAGCAGAGCAUGGCAAUAAAGGGGUUAAUGUGCAGAGCACAGAGCCAUCUGGCUGAGCUGGUUUGUUAUAAUCGAGCAGAUUAUGUUCACGGGACUCAGAGUUUAAGGCUCCUCUCCCAUAGAGCAACUCUGCACAACCCAAGCAGACCAACUUUGGGACUUUGAAUGAACAUAUUUACAUCCACCUUUCUCUUCAUGUCGACUUUUCUGGAAACAUUCACACGGAUGCCAUGGUUACUCCUACCACGAUCUUACAGGUGAACAAGGUGAUGUCCAUCUUGUUUUAUGUGAUAUUUCUCACUUAUCUUCGUGGCAUCCAGUCUACCAACAUGGAUCAAAGGAGUUUGCCAGAAGAUUCAAUAAAUUCUCUUAUCAUUAAACUCAUUCAGGCAGACAUUUUGAAAAACAAGCUUUCUAAGCAGAUGGUAGAUAUUAAGGAAAACUAUCAAAACACGGUGCAGAAAGCAGACACUCAGCAAGACAUGGAUGGAGAUGAAAAUGUGAAAUCAGACUUCCAGCCAGUUAUCUCAAUGGAUAGAGACCUCUUAAGGCAGCAGAGACGCUACAACUCUCCCCGCGUCCUCUUGAGUGACAACACGCCGCUGGAACCACCGCCGCUGUACCUCAUGGAGGAUUAUAUUGGAAAUUCAGUGGUGGUGAACAGAACCUCUCGGCGGAAAAGGUAUGCAGAGCACAAGAGCCACCGAGGGGAAUAUUCCGUUUGUGACAGUGAAAGUUUAUGGGUCACGGACAAAUCAUCUGCGAUCGACAUUAGAGGACACCAGGUAACUGUUCUGGGAGAAAUUAAAACAGGCAACUCUCCAGUUAAGCAAUACUUUUAUGAAACGAGGUGUAAAGAAGCCAAGCCUGUAAAAAACGGCUGCCGCGGAAUCGACGACAAGCACUGGAACUCCCAAUGCAAGACAUCCCAAACUUAUGUUAGAGCACUGACUUCAGAAAACAAUAAACUGGUAGGCUGGAGAUGGAUAAGAAUAGACACCUCCUGUGUGUGUGCGUUGUCAAGGAAAAUAGGAAGAACAUAAAUCUGCAUCUCUUUGCUAUAUAAAUUAUUACUUUAAAUUAUAUGAUAUGCAUGUAGCAUAUAAAUGUUUAUAUUGUUUUAUAUAUUAUAAGUUGACCUUAUUUAUUAAACUUCAGCAAACCUACAGUAUAUAAGCUUUCUCUCUCAAUAAACAAGAGCAAAGGGUGUGUGCCUCUGCUGUGGGCAACUUCGGGGUUUUUUAGACUAUGUUUGUGACACUGCUUGUCGGCAGCAUACCAUAACCUUACUGUAAAAUCUGUGUAAAAUCAGUAUUUUUCAUUCAGUAUUGUCAAGCCAGUGACUGUCAUUUAGUAAACUUGUUAAAAAUCAGAUCAAUGUCAAGAGUUGUGUACAUAUUUAUAUUCCCCAUUCUAUACAUUCACAUUUAAUUGGAUGCAGUGUUGACUCCUCACAGCCAAAAAUAUAAUGGACCAAAAUAUGUGUUACAGCCUGCAAAUGAUGUAAGCAGGCAUAAAAUAACAAUUUCUGUGUAUUAUGACAGCGUUGCCAGUGAAAUGACCAUUUUCCCUCUGUUAGCAUUUCAGAAUGACUGCUAAUAUUCCAGCAACUUUCGUUUAUGUUUUUGAAGAACAUUUGUUUUGCAACUGUUUUUAAUGCUGCCAGUGCGUUGUAGAAAAAAUAUGAAAACAAUCUGAAAUAUCUGUAGCAGAAACUUACUGAAGCCAAGAACCAAUCUAAAUGGAUCGUUAAUAUAAUACAUAAAAGAUGAUUUAUUCAGAAUUUACUAUUUAUUGUGAUCAGCCUCUUCCUCCUCACACAAUCAAUUAUUUCUGCUUGCAUUGUUGGAUCAUUCCUCUAUGUCUGAGCUUUUAAAUUAGAAACAAAGCUGAUGGUGUCUUAACCUUUAAAGAGCCCUUGGCUUGCAAAUUGUGGUAAAGAAAGAUAUGAUAUCCUGGCAUGGACAUCAAAGCCACACACCCGUAUGAAGCCGUUCUUCUCCUCAGCAAUCCAUUCUUCAUUUUUCACAGAAAGAAAAAAUAAUGUUGAACUGCUCAACAAACCUGGCACCUUUCAUAGGCAUGUGAAAUAAUAGAGCUUUUUGAGCGGUAUGGUGACUAAAAUCCUGGUAGUCCAUAGUUAUAAUGAAGUUCUUCAGUUAUACAGGUGAGUUGUUACUUAGGACAGACAAAUGUACUAGCAUAUAUAUACCUCAAACUCUUCCUUGUAUUGUCAUGCAGCUCCACUGGGGACAGUAAUAAUUUCACUGCUUGAAGAGAUGGUCUAUUAUAUAUUAGCCGUAUGAUGCCCUGGAUGGGAUCCCACUUCCAUAAAAGUAAACGAGAGUCUUGCCAUGGCUAUCAACAGAAUUAAGGUUGGACUGCAUAUGUGUCUAGCUAGACCUUAACACAGUCAGGGAUGAGAAUCACCAGCCAUUCAAAGAGCAUUACAGCUGUAGUAGUCUUAGGUUUUUACACUACAGCUUUCACUGUUGUAGCAUGUUCAGCAUCACAAAUGAAAAUGAGAUCACUCAAAACCAUGGGUGCAGGAUGCUUUUGUUCAUACAGAUUUCACUACUGGAGAACCAACCUCAAAUCUGCAACAGGUCAUCAAAGGCAGAAAAUUGCAUGGUGUCCCCUAGUCCCUUACAGAGAGUGUUACCAUCAUAAAACCACCGGAGAACUGGAGAGGUCACUCAUGAGGCCAAGCACAGGAAUAGCAGUGCCUCUGAGAGCCAGGCUGGAGCAUAUAGAUAUAAUUCUGCAGGGGAGGCCACAAGCAAAAGUCUUGAGAACCCAGCCAGUUUUCAACAUGAGGCCAAGGUAUUUAUCACACAAGAUAUACCAUCACCUCACAGUACUAAAUCCUGAUUUUGUUUCAAGCAGUAAUAACUUCAGAGGUUCAAUACCAAGGCAACUGUUUAAAGGGAAGAAAAGAUGUAAUGUAGCAAGGAACUCAGUACCUGGUAGAUCUGACUAGCAUUUUUCCAGCAUUCUCCUCCCUGGGCAAACAUUUGUAUUUUUUUUAUCUUUACAGAGCUUUUGCUAGCUUUACUAGUAGGGAAAUUUUUGUUUAAACUAAAUUUUUCUGCUUGUGGGACAAGCAUACUUUUUGGAACCCUGCCCCACUGAAUUUUUUUGCAAGCUAAAAACCUGCUUUAGCACCCUGAAUUCACAAAUAGAGAUCAUUUUCAGAUACUGUGAGUAAUUGAGAGCAGUAUCGCCAUGGAUCAUUAACUAGAGAUCUCCAUGCUUCAGUAUGGUGGAUAGGUCUAUCUCUGUACAAGAGGAAGUAAGAAGACUGACUCAGCUUGGUUAAAUCACAUUAAUUGGGAACUACCUUGUUCCUACAGUGUGUAUGCCACACUUGUUAACAUCAUUGUAAAUCCAGAGGAAUUCUAUUGAUGAUGGCUGAGAAAACGUAGGUUUACAGUAAUGUAAACAACAUCAGAGUUGAUCCUAAUGUCUUUGUUUCUGCUCACUGAAGACCAAGGGAGGUUCAUUCCUUAUAGGUUCAAAGAAAACAAAUUUGGUAUUUUCCACUGUAAAUUCAGCAGAGGAACUGGCCUUUGACUUUCAACUUUACCAAUGCAGCAGGUACUUUAUAAUCAGCCAGCAAAAAAGUAUCAGAGUAAGUACAACGCCUGUCAUCUGAAACACAUUAAAUGAGAAAGAAGCAUGGUGCAUAAGGUUAUUAGAUUGGCUGCCUCUUUCCCACCCCAGUAUAACAAUGAACGGAAGUGUUACCCUCUGGAUCUGAUCCACUUUCCACUAAAGUCAAUGGAAAAAUUCUCACCUUCUCCAGUGGAAGCUGGAUUGGGCCCUGGGCGAAGAAAAACCUGCAGAUCUCAACCAGAGAGCGGAGCAAUUGCACACAUCAGUUACGCGUUCUUGUAAAUCCUGUGUACACAUUAGAUGCUGUAUAAUUUUGUAACAAGUUUGUAAACAAAGCCUGUAAUAAAUUUGUUAAGGCCUAA